AUGAAUACCAAGUCAAGCAAACAUUUUCCAUUUGAGAAGUGUUCAAGUGUUUCCCGGUUCACAGUUUUUCUUUUCGAAGGUUGUUCGGUUAAUGAGCGCAACUACCUAGAUUGGACUUCAAACAACAAGAUGACUACUGCAGAAUUGAUCGUUAGAUUCGUAGACUACUACUCGACGUUCGACGCUUCGCAGAACGCCAUUUACAUCGAGAAAGGACUUGCAGCUCGGAGGUCAAAGCAAGUAUCUGGGGAUAUUCACCUGCUGUUGUUGGAUCCUUAUUCGAGAACAACAGUUUGUCGCUCAGGUAUUGCCGCUAAAGCGUUUGCUGAUAGCAUGCAGUAUCUCAGAAGAAAAAUGGUACAUGGUCAGUUUUUGGACUCGUUCCCCACAUUUCCGGAAGCUACUUUAUUCAAAGCGCAGACGAAAUGGGUAUCGUGGCUAGUCAUAACAAUCGUGGCACGACCGUUGAUGAAGUUGGCCAAAAUUCGUUCAAUGUGCCAGUGA